AUGGACAUUGACGGCGGCAAAACACAAGUCAAGCAUGGAGAUCGGGCUUUGGCUCUCAUCGGCAACGAGCAAGUCGAGCUCACCGAGGAAGACAGCCGUCGCAUCUGCCGCAAGACGGAUCGAGUCAUCCUCGCCAUCUUAGUCUGGGUCUAUUUCCUGCAGAUUCUCGAUAAAUCCGUCCUCGGCUAUGGCGCUACAUAUGGGUUGAAGACGGACACAAACUUGUCCGGCAACGAGUAUUCUCUUGUUGGCUCAAUUGCUCCCAUUGCGCAGUUGGCAUGGCAGCCCUUUUCAUCCUAUCUCAUCGUCAAAGUCCCGCACCGUAUCCUGAUGCCGUGCCUUAUCCUUGGCUGGGGCAUUGCACAAGCCUCAAUGGCUGCUUGCCACAACUUUAGCAGCUUGAUGGCCGCGCGUUUCUUCCUUGGUCUCUUCGAAGCCGGUUGCCUGCCGCUAUUCAGUCUCAUCACGAGUCAAUGGUACAGACGCGCUGAGCAACCGAUUCGAGUUGCAGCAUGGUACGGCACCAACGGAGCUGCCACCAUUGUCGCAGCUGCUCUAUCCUAUGGACUGGGACAUAUUCAGUCCGAUGUUCUUCGAGAGUGGCAAAUCAUCUUCCUCUUUGUCGGUCUCGUCACCAUAAUCUCCUCCCCCUUCGUCUACUGGAAACUCGAAAACGACAUCCCAUCCGCCCGAUUCCUCACAGAACAAGAAAAGGCCCAGGCCAUCGAGAGACUGCGCGCCAACCAAACAGGAACUGGAAGCCGAGAGUUCAAGUGGCGACAGCUCCUCGAGGCCGCCCUGGAACCAAAGACAUACCUCUGGAUCGCCAUGGCCAUGCUGCUCAACGUCGGCGCCAGCGUAACCAACACCUUUGGACCGCUUAUCCUAAACGGCCUUGUUUCAGACAAAUACAUGACCAGCCUGUUGAACAUGCCCUUUGGCGCUCUACAAGUCAUUGUCAUCUUGCUGGCCAGUUUCCUCGCCCAAAAGGCACGCGUCAAGGGCGCCAUCCUCAUGUUCUUCAUGAUCCCCGUCGUUGCCGGCCUCGCCGUCCUCUACUCCGUGCCUCGCGACAACUCCGCCAAGGCCGCUCUCCUCGUGGGCUACUACCUGCUGGCCUUCCUCUUCGGCGGCAACCCCCUAAUCGUCACCUGGAUCGUCGGCAACACCGCCGGCACAACCAAGAAAUCCGCCAUCAUGAGCGUCUACAACGCCGCCAGCGCAGCCGGCAACAUCGUCGGGCCUCUGCUCUUCAACGCCAAUGACGCGCCUGCCUACAAGCCCGGUCUGCGCGCCUGUUUGGCCAUCUUUGUGGCGCUCGUGGCUGUGGUCGCGAUCCAGUGGGCUAAUCUCAUUGUGCUGAACAAGCUACAGUCGAAGAAGCGUGUGCGCAACGGGAAGAAGGCGGUUGUUGUCGAUCACUCUAUGGAUGCGACAUAUCGGGCCAUGGAUGAUAACGCGAGGCUCGGAGAGCAAGCGUUUUUGGAUCUCACGGAUCGUGAGAAUGACGAGUUUGUGUAUAUUUAUUAA